UUGUCGUAUUCGCUCGAUGGCAACCAAGCUCAGCGCGUCGGAGCUCCUCCAGGAGAUGGAGGACGCCAAGCGCGCCGUGACAGCUGCUCGUGAGCAGUGCGAGCUUGCGCGGAGCGUCGUGGAAGAGGCGCGGGCUGACUACGCCCAGGCUAACGAGGCGCGGCAGGCCUGCGGCCACGAUGUGGACGCGCUCUCGAGCCAACUCGACGCGACGCUGGCCAAGGUGCUGCAUGCACCCGAAUUUGUCAUCGAGUUCCAGGCCAAUAUCGGCUGCUACCAGUGCUACGUGCACAUUGCGCUCGAAGAUGCGACGCCGACGCUCGUGACCAACGCGACGAAGCGAGAAAUUCAGCUCCGCGUCCAGGACACGACGAUUUUCAAGGCCACGCUAGCGUACGCAGUCGACCCCAAGUACAGCUCGGUGCGCGUGCAGAAGGAUCACGUCCACCUACGUCUGCCGCUCACGAGCGCCGCCAAAGAAGACCGGAAAACGGCCAUGACAGCGGGCAUGGCGGCCCGGACACUGUCCCGCGCUGAACUCGAUGUGCGCAAUUAUACCGAGCUCCAGUGCCGGUGCUGUGGCCAAGUCAUCUCGAACGUCAACCGGCCCUUCAACAAGGUGCUGCCGCUUCCGUCGUCCAACUGGAUGGAAAUGGUCGACUUUUGGGGCGCGGCCGAGGGUGCUUUUGAACACAUUCCCAAGGAUGGGAUCCACGCUGCGCUGGACCGCGUGUACGUCGGGCAGUCAGACCUUCUCGUGCAUCCCGACAACAUUCACGCAGAGAUGGAGUUGCACAUGGCGAGCGUUCGUUGCCUGCGCUGCCACACGAUCCUUGGGUCCCAAGACGAGAUUGGCAUUAAUUUGCAAAAGUACCUUUUGCAAGCCAAGGAUGUCUUGGACGCGUACUCGAGCGACAGCGUCAUUGUGACCAAGCUCCUCGAGGUCAUCGAGUCGGAAGGCCUCUUCCGCUUUGACCUUGUGCCGAGCGACGCGGACUCGCCCAACCAGCAUCUCGUGCUGCAGGUGCUGAGCUGGGACGCUACGAUCCAGACGUCGGGUGCGAGCGCGGCCCAGAAUGUCGUCAAGGUGCUCUUCACGACGACGCCGACGGCCGACGACCGCUUGCCCACAAAGGAGCUCGCAUUUCCGUCCGACCUCCUCGAAACGGUGACAGCGCGCUUGGCCACGAGCGCAGAGCUGCUACCGGCGUCGCUCACGGGUCUCAACAACCUUACCCUCGGGUUCCUCUUUGGAUAAACCAACUUAUCCCAGCGCUUCCUACUGCAUGCUUCAACACACACGUCUUCAUUUGACGCCUUUCGAUCAAUCUUGCG